AUGGCCCAGUUGCACAAGAAGGCCCCCGACGUCGUCCUGUUGUCGCCGCCGGUAGGACCUUUUUCGUCAUGGACUCAGGCGUCUUCGAAGGAGUUGCGUGAGGCCAAGGCUCGUUACUGGCCAAUGUGGGAAAUGAUCGUGGAUGUGUGGAAACAACAGACCGCACGAGGGCGUCUGGUACAUCUCCAGCUACCCCACGGCGCCACCGUUCCAGACUCAGCCGAGCUCCGGGCCAUGAAGAUCAAUUACGAGAAGCUCACCUACGGCCAGGAGACUGACGAGUCGACGGAGUGGCCUGACCUUCAUCGAGAUCCCACCUGUAUGGCCUAUGUGGACCUGUGUAUGCUCGGGCAUUGCGACCCCGAGACCGGAAAAUACUUCAAGAAAGGGGUCCAAGUGGAGACCAACCACCCGGUGUGGAGUUCUAUGUUGGGGUCGCCACCGAGAUGUCAACACCCUCCGGGACAACAUCAGGAGGUUAAGGGGUUCGCGGUGGAGAAGGGCGGCCAACUGGUGAGCAGGUCGUCUGUGGCAGCCAAAUGGCCUGAACCUUGGUGCGCCUUGGUUCUGAAUUCUGCGAACCAGGUGUUGGAAGUUCGGCGAGCCUUACCACCAAAUUUGGCUCUUCAUCAGGAAUGCCCAGGUGAUGUGGAAUGGGAAGCCGUCCCGGUGGAGACGGAAACCUCACCAGAGGGCCUCUUGCGACAGAGACUUGGUGAAGUGACCGGCGACCAGUACGACUACAUCUACUUCGAGGGCGGCAGCGGGUCCUUGUCAAAACCGUUAAGGAGCACCCUGGCAAAGUUGCAUGUGGUGUUGGGACAUGUUUCAAAUGCCAAAUUAAAGCGGAUGCUCCAUCUGAAUGGGGCCAAGGACCACAUCUUGGACGCGGCCGGGGACCUCCGUUGCCAAAUUUGUCAGUCGGUCGUCCCGCCACGACCCACACCCAAGGCGGCCUAUGAUAGGCCUACGCGCUUCAAUGAGAGGGUCGUGGUGGAUGUGUUCUAUGUUUGGGACGCUGGCAAGGCCAAGUAUGCGGUGGUUCACGCGGUGGAUGCUUUUGCCCUGUACCAGGUCGCUACAUUGAUGCAUACGGCAAGGGCAGACCUGGUGGCGCACUUCUUGAAGAACUACUGGGUCGGUGUGUUUGGCCCGCCAGAAGUGCUUAUGAGCGACGGAGGCAGCGAGUUUGCAGCCGAGACUGAAGGUCUUCUGAGGGCCUAUGAUGUUUUCCAUGAAUUGGUCCCUCCUGCGGCGAAGUGGCGCAUGGGACUGGCCGAACGGCACGGUGCCAUCCUCAAGCUCCUCAUUAUGAAGACCAUACAAGCUACCACCGCCAAGGGCUACAGCGAGACUAAGGAAUGUGUGAUGGCGGCCACAUCGGCGAGAAAUCGCCAGAUGAGAGUGGGAGGAUUCUCCCCGACCCAGAUCGUGCUGGGCAAGGAUGUGGCCAUCCCGUCAUCAUUGCUGAGUCAGCUCGAGAAAGGCCACUUCAAAUACGUCCUGAACCAGGACCUGGCCUUUGCGGAUGCAAGAAGGAGGAACGAACAGAUCCGUCAAGCAGCCGAGCAGGCCUUCAUAUGGGCUGAUUCAAGCGAGACUUUGAGACGGGCAAUCAACUCCCGGUCCCGACAUCCUCGUUUGGAGAUGCUCUACGAAGGGGCGACCGUCUACUUCUACGACCCGCCGACAUCAAGGAAGGGCCUCCCCAAAAGGUUGCAAGAUCAAGACGCGUGGUCUGGCCCCGGAGUGGUUGCUGCCAUCGAGAGGCGGGAAGGUGCCAUUAAGCGCGUGUGGAUUCGGUACCGGAACAAGUUGAAGGGCCUCCCGCUUGAAUAUGUUAGACUUGCAGCUCUGGAAGAGGUGGAAGCCUCAAAGGUUUGCCGGGAAGCUCUACAGGAGGUGGAAAAGGAACUGCAAGGUUCUCGCCCGGACAUCGAGGAAAUGGCCGAUCCUGAAAUUGAGGAGCCGGGGUUGCCGUUGAUGGAAUUUAGUGGUGAUGAAGAGGAGGAGGAAGAGGACCUCACACUUCGUGAACCCGCGGCCUCCUCUCUGGAUGAUGUACCGGCUCAACUUCAUCGCGAUGCCGGCCGAGAAAUGACCAGACAACGUGAUGCACAACCACCUCGAAAGAAGGUUCGCUUCGAGGAAGCGAAGGAACGCACUGAACAACAUCUGAGAAGGAUGAAAGCGGUGCUAGAACGAGCGGGCGGACCGGACCGGGGCACAUCUUCUACGGCGGCCACUGUGGCCUCUUCAGCCAGUGGGCGCUCACAGCCCUACCCAACGCCGACGAGGAGCUCUACGCCUGACAUCGCGAGUCAUCGAGGGCGAGGCGUGCUACAUACAAGCGAAGUGUGGCACUUGGAGGAAGCGAUACGAGAACAUCGCCUCAUGUUGCAAGCGGCACGUUGGGAUGUUCAUGCAGCGGAAGCUGAAAGGAUUACUGAGGAGUUAGCCAACAGUGUCCUCGAGAAGACGGCCGAGAUCGACGAGGGGGAGGCUAAUGCCAUUUACGUCACGGAGGAGUUAGCCAACAGUGUCAUCGAGAAGACGGCCGAGAUCGACGAGGGGAAGGUCCAGGCGCCGAUCACCGGUAAGCCACGUCUAGAGUUCAAGUGGAAUAAGCUCGAUGACAGCUGGAGAAGAGCUUUUGUUCAACCGCUUAAGGAUGCACUGGACGUCUACAUCGACAACUGUGCGGUGGAAGGAGUUCCCAUGGGACAAAUGGUCUCGCCAGAUCACAUCUUGCCCUCCAGGUUUGUUCUCACGAACAAGAACGAGGAGAAGUCUGUGGAAAAGGCGAAGCUGAAGGCAAGAUGGGUCUUGGCUGGCCAUUUGGACAAGGAGGCCGGAAGAUACGCUACUGAAGCACCUACGGCGAGCUUGGUGGCACACAACCUCAUAUGCUACAUCAGUGCGCAAUGUGGCUGGGCCCUGAAGUAUGCGGACAUUUCGGCUGCCUUCUUACAAGGAGAAGAACUUUGUGAUGAGCGAGUCGUCUACAUUAGGCUGCCGAAGGGCUAUCCAGAUGAGGUCACCAAGCACUUGAUGAAGCGACUGGGGCGGAAGACUCCUGGAGGGAUCCGAGCGGAUCUAGUGCGCCUCACCAAGGGAGGAUUUGGCCUCUCGGAGUCGCCGAGGUUAUGGUACCUCCGACUACGCCGCGGUUUGCUUGAAUUGGGACUGAGAGAGCUUAAGCUUUCCCCAGGUACCUUCGUGUUCCAUUGGAACGGGAGCCUGAAGGGCAUCAUCGCAGUGCAUGUCGAUGACUUGAGGAUUGCGUUCCACCCAAAGUUCGAGUAUAUCCUCCAGGAGUUGCGCAAGACCUUCUCGUUCGGAGAGUGGAAGACGGCCUUGAAUGAGACCGUGAAGUUCUGUGGCCGGUGGGAACGACAAUGCCCAACCUCCUUCAAGGUCACCGUGACGAUGGACGGCUAUGCUCCCAAGCUACAAGACCCGCCCCAGAGAAAGGCCGGAGAUCGUUCUCCUCUGACUGAUGCAGAGAAGAAGUGGGUGGCCUCAGUGGGAGGCCAAAUCAACUGGAUGGCCAGGCAGGGACGGGCAGACCUGGCAUUUGGCAUUUCGAAGGUGCAGCAGAUGGCUGGUGCUCGUGACCCGGAGACCUUGAAGGCCUUGCUUGCGCUUGUUAAGAAGGCCCGGGACCCUUACGAAUGCAUCUUCCAGGCCAUGCCCGGUGGUUUCGACCAGAUGAUCUUCCUGGCAGUGAGUGAUGCUUCUCAUGCUGCCAUGCCGAAGGGGAGAUCACAAGGGGGGCUGAUGAUCCUGCUUGCACCGGAGGAGAUCCUCGAUGGUGAUGCUUUGGUUAACUGCGUGAUGUACCACAGCGCGGUGCUGAAGCGGGUGGUUCGCAGUAGCCUGGCAGCUGAGAUUUCUCAGGCUGCGGAGGCCUUGGAGCAGUGCGACUUUGUUCGAACAAUGAUGGCCGAGAUCCUCGACGGCAAGUUCGCACUGGCUCAAUGGCGCUGGAGUGCAAGCAGGUGGAAAGAAAUCUUGGUCUUGGAUUCCAAGACCGGCUACGAUGUCCUGAACAGCAUCAGCCAUGGAGAGGAUAAGCGAUUGGCCAUCGACAUCGCCAUCUUGAAGGAAUCGCUCUACGAGCCGGAGAGCAACCGCUGGGUCCGAUGGGUGCCAGGAGUGACGAUGCCUUCCGAUGGCCUGACAAAGGAGUACGGCAACCACAUGCGUGAUGCUGUUAUGAAGGGCGGACCGUGGAGCCUUUGUGACUCGCCCCAAGCGCAAAAGCUUCGUGAAGAAGCUGGGCACCGCAAAAGGCAGUGCCGUGAUCGCGCUCGUCAAAGGGAGCACGAGAUUGAACAGCUUCGGCAGGCAGCGGACACAUCAGCUCCAAUGGGGGUUGGUGUGAAAGCUGACAUUUAA